CGGCGCUUCCUUGCAGAUAAGGCCACGAGCCAGCUCCUGCUGGAGACCGACUGGGAAUCCAUCCUGCAGAUCUGCGACAUGAUCCGCCAGGGAGACACCCAAGCCAAAUAUGCCGUCAGCGCCAUCAAGAAGAAGGUGAACGACAAGAACCCGCACGUGGCGCUCUACGCUCUGGAGGUUAUGGAGUCAGUGGUUAAAAACUGUGGGCAAACAGUCCAUGAUGAGGUGGCCAAUAAACAGACUAUGGAGGAGCUGAAGGAAAUUCUCAAGAGGCAAGUGGAGACAAGUGUCCGCAGCAAGAUCCUGUACCUUAUCCAGGCCUGGGCUCACGCCUUCCGCAACGAGCCCAAGUACAAAGUGGUGCAGGACACCUACCAGAUAAUGAAGGUUGAAGGACACGUGUUCCCAGAGUUCAAGGAGAGCGAUGCCAUGUUUGCUGCGGAAAGGGCUCCAGACUGGGUGGACGCUGAGGAGUGUCACAGGUGUCGGGUGCAGUUUGGUGUUGUGACACGGAAGCAUCAUUGCAGGGCCUGCGGGCAGAUCUUCUGUGGCAAAUGCUCCUCCAAGUACUCCACCAUUCCCAAGUUUGGGAUUGAGAAGGAAGUGAGAGUCUGUGAGCCUUGUUACGAGCAUCUGAACAAGAAAGCUGAAGGUAAAGCUGCUGCCACCUCUGAGCUGCCCCCCGAGUACCUGACCAGCCCACUCUCUCAGCAGUCCCAGCUGCCUCCAAAGCGUGACGAGACAGCCCUGCAAGAGGAGGAGGAGCUCCAGCUGGCUAUUGCCCUGUCCCAGUCAGAGGCCGAGGAGAAGGAGAGAAUGAGGCAGAAAACAACCUACUCCAUGUACCCGAAGGCUGAGCCCACACCUGUCACCUCGUCAGCGCCUCCGGUCAGCACGCUCUACUCCCCCCCAGUGAAUUCCUCUGCUCCCUUGGCUGAGGACAUUGACCCAGAGCUGGCUCGGUACCUGAACCGCAACUACUGGGAGAAGAAACAAGAGGAAGCUCGCAAGAGCCCCACGCCAUCAGCCCCUCUGUCCCUUACGGAGCCAGCAGCUCAGCCCGGGGAGACCCACCCUGCCCCGCUCAGUGUGGUUGAGGACCCUCCAGCCCAGCUGCACAGCUCUGGCCUUGUUGUGGGCGCAGGGGGCCGAGGCUGAGUGCCCACCCUCCCCCAGCAGCAGUACCAGAACGGCGAGUCAGAGGAGAACCACGAGCAGUUCCUGAAGGCGCUGCAGAACGCCGUCACCACCUUUGUCAACCGCAUGAAGAGCAACCACAUGCGGGGCCGCAGCAUCACCAACGACUCCGCCGUCCUGUCCCUCUUCCAGUCCAUUAACAACAUGCACCCCCAGCUGCUGGAGCUUCUCAACCAGCUGGACGAGCGCCGGCUGUACUACGAAGGUCUGCAGGACAAGCUGGCCCAGAUCCGGGACGCGCGGGGGGCUCUGAACGCGCUGCGGGAGGAGCACCGGGAGAAGCUGCGCCGUGCGGCGGAGGAGGCCGAGCGCCAGCGCCAGAUCCAGCUGGCCCAGAAGCUGGAGAUCAUGAGGCAGAAGAAGCAGGAGUACCUGGAGAUGCAGCGUCAGUUGGCCAUCCAGCGGCUGCAGGAGCAGGAGAAGGAGAGGCAGAUGCGCCUGGAGCAGCAGAAGCAGACCAUCCAGAUGAGAGCCCAGAUGCCAGCCUUCUCACUGCCCUAUGCCCAGCUCCAGGCUGUGCCUGCAGCCAGUGGGGUGAUCUACCAGCCCUCAGGGCCCACCAGCUUCCCGGGCACCUUCAGCCCAGCUGGUUCUGUGGAGGGCUCUCCCAUGCACAGUGUCUACAUGAACCAGGCAGCCCAGGGGGGCACAGGGCCAUAUGCUGCCAUGCCUGUCACAGGGACAGAUCCCAGCAUGGUGAACACCUACAUGUACCAGGCGGGCGCUGGCAGCGGGCAGGCGGCUCCGCAGGGGCCAGCAGCACCCACCACCACCCCGGCCUACUCCUCCUACCAGCCCACUCCCACGCAGGGCUACCAGAGCGUGGCCUCGCAGUCGCAGACCAUCCCCGCCAUGUCUCAGCAGUCAGGCACCAUGGGCUACAUGGGCAACCAGUCAGUCUCCAUGGGCUACCAGCCCUACAGCAUGCAGGUGCGCCCUCCCUGCCCCGUGCACUGGGGCAACCAGGAGGAGGAGGAGGUGGCCCCACUCAAGAAAGAGAAGACACAUUUCACUGUCCGGCUGACAGAGCUGAAACCUGCUGACAAGGUGAAGCUGAUCAAGGAGGUGAAGAACUUUGUGCCAGGAAUCAACCUUGUGCAGGCCAAGAAGCUGGUGGAGUCCCUCCCGCAGGAAAUCAAGGCCAACGCCUCCAAGGAGGAAGCAGAGAAGAUCAAAGCGGCGCUGGAGGCAGCAGGAGGGACUGUGGUUUUGGAGUAG